AUGUCAUUCGAUUCUCUGGGAUCACUAGAAGAAGGUGGCAGCUCAAUCUCAGCGAAUUCUCACAAGAAAAUGGGAAGAGGGAAAAUUGAAAUCAAACGGAUCGAGAACACUACAAAUAGACAAGUCACCUUCUGCAAGCGCCGCAACGGGUUGCUGAAGAAAGCUUAUGAACUAUCUGUUUUGUGUGAUGCUGAAGUUGCUCUUGUUGUCUUCUCAAGCCGUGGCCGCUUGUAUGAGUAUGCCAACAACAGUGUUAGAGCAACUAUUGAAAGGUACAAAAAAGCCUGUGCUGCUUCGUCAAACGCAGAAUCUGUGUCCGAAGCUAAUACACAGUUUUACCAGCAAGAAUCAUCCAAACUGAGAAGACAGAUUCGAGAUAUUCAGAAUCUAAACAGGCACAUCCUUGGUGAAGCUAUAAGCUCUCUUAGUAUCAAGGAACUAAAGAACCUUGAGGGUAGAUUGGAGAAAGGUUUAAGCAGAGUUAGAUCUAGAAAGCAUGAAACGUUGUUUGCUGAUGUCGAGUUCAUGCAAAAGCGGGAAAUUGAGCUGCAAAACCAUAAUAAUUAUCUGCGAGCUAAGAUAGCUGAACAUGAGAGAGCUGAACAACAGCAACAAGAUUUGAUGCCAGGAACUUUGUGCGAGUCCUUACCAUCACAAUCAUAUGACCGGAAUUUCUUUCCAGUAAAUCUCUUAGGAUCUGAUCAUGAAUAUUCACGUCAAGACCAAACUGCUCUCCAACUUGUGUAA